CCCCACUCAAAAACAUUAUUGUCUUAUAUAUUCAUCUCUCUAUUCUUUAUUAAGAUGGAGGGCAUAUAUAUGAGGAAAAAAUAAAAUCAAACAUGAUAAGGUAAGUCCAAAACCAAGUUCUUUCACGAUAAGGUUGCAAAUUCUGGACUGCAACAGCAAGCAAGAAACAAAGAAAGAUGGCAUUAAUUCAACUGAACCAACUACAAUCCUCCCUUUUAAAGUACAACAACAAACAGUUCAAAAUUCCAUCACAACGCUCAACAAUUCUGAGAAUUAAUGCAGUUUCCAUCAACGGACAACAGCUAAUACAGUCCGGUAAAGUCCGUCCCAUAUUACCAAAAGAAGCAGGUACAGCCAUGGUAGAUGAAGGGUAUAUCUUGCUGGACAUUAGGCCAGAAUGGGAGAGAGAAAAGGCAUGUGUUAAAGGUUCAUUACAUGUGCCACUUUUUUUAAAGGACAUGGAUAAUAGCCUCAUUACUCUGUUGAAGAAGUGGGUGCAUUUUGGUUAUAUUGGAGCUUGGACUGGACAGAAUUUCACUAUGAUCAAUGAUGAAUUUGUUAAGCAAGUUGAGCAGAAGAUUCCUGAUAAGGAUAAUGCUAAGGUUCUUGUGGCUUGUGGUGAAGGACUAAGGUCUUUGAUGGCUAUUUCGAAGUUACAUGAGGGAGAAUACAAGAAUUUGGCAUGGUUAGCUGGUGGAUUUAAUCGUGCUUCUGAUAGCGAUUUUCCAGCAGUAGAAGGGCCUGAAAAGUUACAAUAUGCCACUAUCGGAGGUGCGUCAUAUUACUUCCUUCAAUUGCUUAUACUACUACAAGCUGUGGGGAAGGAAAGUUGAUAAGAUUGUCCAUAAUGGUGUAUUAUCUUUAGCAGAUAUUGUAUAUUGAAUUAGCAGUUGAAGCUUAGGCUAUAUGAAUUGAAGUGUUCAUCAUUUUGUUUGUCUUCUUUUUGUUUAAUAACACAAGAUUGUUGGUCCUCCCUA